AAAAAACCUACACUCGAUCCCUCCGAUGUCAACAACUACAGACCAGUAUCCCUUCUUUCUUUUCUCUCCAAAACUCUUGAACGUGCCGUCCUUGGCCAGCUCUCCCGCUAUCUCUCUCAGAAUGACCUUCUUGAUCCAAAUCAGUCAGGUUUCAAGACUAGUCAUUCAACUGAGACUGCUCUUCUCUGUAUCAUGGAGGCGCUCCGCACUGCUAAAGCUAACUCUCUCUCCUCUGCUCUCAUCCUUCUAGACCUAUCGGCUGCCUUCGAUACUGUGAACCAUCAGAUCCUCGUCUCCACCCUCUCCGAGUUGGGCAUCUCCGGCGCGGCCCACGCUUGGAUUGCGUCCUACCUGACAGGUCGCUUCUACCAGGUGGCGUGGCGAGAAUCUGUCUCCUCACCACGCACUCUCACCACUGGUGUCCCCCAGGGCUCUGUUCUAGGCCCUCUCCUAUUCUCGCUAUACACCAAGUCACUUGGCUCUGUCAUAACCUCACAUGGUCUCUCCUAUCAUUGCUAUGCAGACGACACACAAUUAAUCUUCUCCUUUCCCCCCUUCUGAUGACCAGGUGGCGAAUCGCAUCUCUGCAUGUCUGGCAGACAUAUCAGUGUGGAUGACGGAUCACCACCUCAAGCUGAACCUCGGCAAGACGGAGCUGCUCUUCCUCCCGGGGAAGGACUGCCCGUUCCAUGAUCUCGCCAUCACGGUUGACAACUCCAUUGUGUCCUCCUCCCAGAGCGCUAAGAACCUUGGCGUGAUCCUGGACAACACCCUGUCGUUCUCAACUAACAUCAAGGCGGUGGCCCGUUCCUGUAGGUUCAUGCUCUACAACAUCCGCAGAGUACGACCCUGCCUCACACAGGAAGCGGCGCAGGUCCUAAUCCAGGCACUUGUCAUCUCCCGUCUUGAUUACUGCAACUCGCUGUUGGCUGGGCUCCCUGCCUGUGCCAUUAAACCCCUACAACUCAUCCAGAACGCCGCAGCCCGUCUGGUGUUCAACCUUCCCAAGUUCUCUCACGUCACCCCGCUCCUCCGCUCUCUCCAUUGGCUUCCAGUUGAAGCUCGCAUCCGCUACAAGACCAUGGUGCUUGCCUACGGAGCUGUGAGGGGAACGGCACCUCAGUUCCUCCAGGCUCUGAUCAGGCCCUACACCCAAACAAGGGCACUGUGUUCAUCCACCUCUGGCCUGCUCGCCUCCCUACCACUGAGGAAGUACAGUUCCCGCUCAGCCCAGUCAAAACUGUUCGCUGCUCUGUCUCCCCAAUGGUGGAACAAACUCCCUCACGACGCCAGGACAGCGGAGUCAAUCACCACCUUCCGGAGACACCUGAAACCCCACCUCUUUAAGGAAUACCUAGGAUAGGAUAAAGUAAUCCUUCUCACCCCCCCUUAAAAGAUUUAGAUGCACUAUUGUAAAGUGGCUGUUCCACUGGAUGUCAUAAGGUGAAUGCACCAAUUUGUAAGUCGCUCUGGAUAAGAGCGUCUGCUAAAUGACUUAAAUGUAA